AUGGAGGACCUCGUGAACGACCCGCACGCCGAGGAGAUCGUCGUGCGCGAGAACUACGGCCGCGACGGCGCGGCAGAGAUCGGGGCGAUCGCGCGCGGCCUGAGGCUGCACUUCAGGCAGUACGGCAAGGGCACCAACACCGCCCUCGUCGCGUCCAAGGUGCCUCUGCCGGACUACAGGGCGGACCUCGACGGCCGACGGCGCGCGGAGCACGAGGUGGACAUGUCGCCGGAUACCAUGGCGAUCGUCGCGAGGGCGUUGCACGACUCCCCGAGCGUCGAGGACCUGAGCGCGAACCUCGGGAGUCUCACGCACGCCUCGCAAUCGAAGCGGCAACGCGGCGACGGCGACCGAUCCCGAAGUCGCGUCGACGAGGCGUCCCAUCUUUUACGCAGGGACGCAGCCGUGGACGCCGCCGCCCAAAAGGCCGAGCUCGAACGACUCGAAUCCCCGCACGUCGCCGCGCGCAUGGCCCAACGCGCGAGGCUCCCGGCGUUCGAGAGACGAGACGAGCUGCUCGCGGCGGUGGACGCGUGUACGAACGUGCUGGUGGUAUCCGGCGAGACGGGCUGCGGCAAAACAACGCAACUGCCGCAGUUUGUCCUCGAACGCGCGCUGGCGAGCGGCGACGCGUCGGUGACGGGCAUCCUGUGCACGCAACCGCGGCGCAUCUCCGCGAUAUCCGUCGCCGCGCGAGUGGCGCAGGAGAGGGGCGAGGAGCUCGGCGAGUCCGUCGGGUAUCAGAUCCGGUUGGAAGCUCGGCGGUCCGCGGCGACCCGGCUAUUAUUCUGCACCACCGGCGUGCUCCUCCGCAGGCUCGCCGUGGAACCCACGCUGGACAGCGUGUCGCACGUGUUCGUGGACGAGAUUCACGAGCGCGGCAUGAACGAGGACUUCCUCCUCGUGGUGCUCAGGGACCUGCUGCCGCGUCGACCGGAUUUGAAAAUCGUGCUAAUGUCGGCGACGCUGGAUGCGGGACUCUUCGCGGCGUACUUCGGCGGCGCGCCCGUCGCGCACAUUCCGGGGUUCACCUACAAUGUGCGAACGCUGUUCCUGGAGGAUGCGUUGGAGGCGUUCGGGACGCGGUUGGUCGUGUCGCCGCCUGACGCGAGGAGGGACGGGUUCGGCGGGUUUGGUGGGAAGCGACGGGGUCGGUUCGGCGGCGGCCGCCGGGAACCGACGCCCGGAUAUAACCCCGACGAGGACGAGGACGGCGGCGACAAUUUGGUCGCCACAUUGGUCGCCACAUGUGACCCGGCAGACCCCGACGGCGACGGCGCGAUCCUCGUCUUCCUCACCGGCUGGGACGAGAUCACCAAGGUUAACGACCUGAUGCGCGCGGACCCUCUGUUGGGGGACCGGACCAAGUGCGCGGUUCUGCCGCUUCACGGCGCGAUGCCCACGGCGAACCAACGGGAAAUCUUCGACAGGCCCCCGCGCGGCGUUCGCAAGAUCAUCCUCUCCACCAACAUCGCCGAGACGUCCAUCACGAUCGACGACGUCACGCACGUCGUCGACUGCGGCAAGAGCAAGGAGAAGACGUACGACGCUUUGAACAACCUCGCGUGUUUGCAGCCGGCUUGGAUUUCGAAGGCGUCGGCGCAUCAACGCCGGGGCCGAGCCGGUCGAGUCCGCGAGGGGGUUUGCUACCGUCUGUACACCAAGGCGCAGCACGCGAAGAUGGCGGACCACGCCACCCCCGAGCUGCUCCGAACCCCGCUGGAGGAGCUGUGCCUGACGAUCAAGUCGUUGGGUUUGGGUUUGUGCGAGCCGUUCAUCGCGAGGGCGCUUCAACCGCCCGAGCCAAAGUCGGUUCAUAACGCGAUCGAGCUGUUGAUCACCAUCGGAGCCCUGUCGCGUCGCACCGAGGAGCUCACGCCCCUGGGCAGGCACCUCGCCGCGCUUCCCGUGGACCCGAGGGUUGGCAAGAUGCUGGUCACGGCCGCGACGUUCGGAUGCUUAUCCCCGGCGCUGACCAUCGCGGCGGGCAUGGCGUACAAGGACCCGUUUGUAUUGCCCAUGGACAAGAAGCACCAAGCGGACGCCGUUCGCAGGCGUCUCGCGGGGGACACGCGCAGCGAUCACAUCGCCCUCGUCCGCGCGUUCGAGGGGUGGACGCGCGCGCGCCGGGACGGCGGCAACAGGGAGGGAUGGGAGUACUGCCGCCGUAACUUUCUCAGCGGAAACACCCUGGAGCUCAUGUCCGACAUGCGUCGGCAGUUCGCCGACCUGCUGCACGGGAUCGGAUUCCUCCCCGACGGCGCGAGAUCCGCGGAUCGCGUCGACGCUGCCCACAACAGGCACGCCGCGGACGUCGCCAUGCUCCGCGCGGUGAUAUGCGCCGGGAUGUACCCGCGACUCGUCUCCGUCCGACCCCGGGGCCGACGCAACGAGCUCAAGACACACGAGGACGGCAAGGUGGAGUGCCACCCGAGCUCGGUCAACUCCGAGUUUGGCGUCUCGUUCCCGUUCCCGUGGCUGGUGUACUGCGAGAAGGUCAAGACGAGCGGGGUGUACAUCCGAGACAGCACCUGCGUCCCCGCGUACGCGGUGCUGCUGCUGGGCGGCGACCUGGACGAGGAGCCAGACGGCACAGCCGGCGACGGCGACGACGACGUGGGGAUUCGGGUGUGCGGCGGGCACUACACGUUCAGCGCGCCGCGCGACGUCCUCGCGCUCGUCCGAAAGCUCCGCCGCGAGAUCGACUCGUUGCUCGACGCCAAGGCGAGGAACCCGGGGCUUGGCGGCUUCGGGUGCGGCUUCGUGGACGCGAUGCGCGCGCUCGUGGCGGACGAGGAGCACAGGGCGUACGGCGGGGAUGAUCGGGGAAGGGAUCGGGGCGGCGGGGGCGGGGAUCGGGGCGGCGGCUGGGGUCGUCGAGGCGGCCGCGGGGGUUUCGGCGGUGCACCGGGAACGAGCGGGGGCGACUGGGAGUGUUCCAACGGGUGCGGUUUGGUGUUUGGCGGGAAGAGGAGUUGCUUCAGGUGCGGGGCGCCGAGGGAGGGCGACCGCGGGGACGGGGGGCGGGGAGGGCUCGGGGGCGGUCCGCCCGCGCCGAGGCACGUGCGGUUUUAG